AUGUUCUCAUGCACAUUAUUGGAAAUUUACUAUUCAUGUUGCGAUUACUGGAGUAAACCGAAUGUUCACAUCUCUGAGGUUUCGUUCGCCAUAUUCAACGUCAGAAAAGUGACAGGGUUUAAUAAAUAUAUUGGAGUAACCGCGCUGUCUAUUUACUGCGGCUGUUAUGGAAUGAUGCUCGUAUCACUCACCACUCAUUUCUACUACAGGUUCUUAUCAGUCACUCUUCCGUCAAAGCUUUCUCGAUUUGCUGUAAAAAACUUUCCAAUUUGGGCUCUCCUUGUUUUGAUGAGUUAUUUGAUAUGGUUUGGUUUGACAUACUUUGUAAACGGUUCCUCUUCUAUGAAAGACCAAGUUUUGAUACCUGAAUUCAAAAGAGAUUACUGUAUGCAACCUGAUGACUUUUCACGUCAAAUCCAAAUUCUUUGCGUUCUCCGUAAACUCCAAUCCCAAGAACCAAGUGGAUUCAUUUCGAAUAUUCUUCAGUUUUCUUGGAUUGAUGUGAGCUGUUUUCACUUGACUAUUCCUCUCUAUAAUCUGAACCAAUUGCCGGAUUUUCGAUUCAAAGAAUCCAAUAUUGGUGUCCUCGUUGAUUGUCAAAGCAACGAAAUGUUUGUAUCGACUGAAGAAAUUGAUCUCUUCGAACAGACUUCAUUUCCUCUUGAAUUAUAUGGAGAGUUGACUUCGAGACGUUAUGAGUUGAAUUCUGUUCCGGGAAUGUUGGAGUCAGAAUUGGCAUCAGAUGGUAUCGAUCGGCUAGAUUUUUUCGCGGAUUCCAAACCAGGUUUGCCAAUUUUGAAUCCACACAACCAAACUGCUUCAGAACCACGGGAAACGGCCAUUUCCAUGUCGAAAACACGAAGAAUACCUUUUGAAUUAUCUUCGAUGGAGCUGCAUUUGGAUACAAUUGACACGUCCUUGCAACCAGAAUAG